AUGUCUCAUAACAAUAACAAUGUAGAAGUAGUUGUACACGAAGAAGAAGAUGAAGAAGAAGAUCUUGGAACUGCCAUGCAGAAAAUGCCAAUCCCUUUGGACCAACUCGACCGAUUACCGAAUGAUUCGGUUUACAGGUUAGUAGAUGAAGUAAGAGACAUCAUAGAAGAUCCCAAUUUACUAUUUGAAGAUUCUCGAGAGUAUGGUAAUCUUCACCAUGAAGAAGCAACUGAUGAUUCAAAACUGUUUGGAAAUUCGCCAAACGCGUUAAGUGAUCGUUUUAGAGUAUCACCAACGCGAUCUAGCAGCAAACGAGGAAGACCAAAAAGACAAUACUUGGAAGGUGAAGCAUCUCAUGUCCUAGAUUCUAGUUAUGUCGACAUUACAGGAAAGAGUUGUACACAUUGUGGUACGACAAAAACUCCAAUGUGGAGAGAAGGGCCUAGAGGAGCUAGGACGCUAUGUAACGCGUGCGGGGUACGGUACAGAACAGGUCGGUUAUUUCCCGAGUACCGCCCUGCUUCGAGUCCUGAAUUCAAACCUAACGUUCACUCCAAUUUUCAUAGAAAAGUAAUGGAAAUCAGAAAGGAGAGAAACUCACCUCCUACUUCACCUCCUACUCCAUAG